GAUCUUCUAAGAUUUCAAUCAACGAGUUUUGUUGCAUGAGCAUCUCUGGCAGCGGUGCCGCCACUCUUGUUUGUGGACUUUGAGGAUUAAUAUAUUAUUAUUAUCUAGGAGCCUCCACAAACCAUUGACUAACUCAGCUUUACAAGUUUUUCACUAAACUGCCAACCUGUUUGUGGUUGAAUAGCUUAAAGGCAUAGUACACCCUAAAAUAAAAUUGGCAUCAUUAUUUAAUCACCCUCAUGUAAUUUCAAACCUGAUUGAUAUUCUUUCUACUGUGGAACAAGAGGAGACAUUUUGUAGAAUGUUAACGGUGCUGCUCUUUCCCAUACAACCAAAGUGAAUGGUGACUGAGGCUGUUAGUCCCUAUAUUUUUGCCCAACAUCUUCUUUAGCAUUCCACAGAAGAAAGAAAGUCAAAUGUGUUUGGAGCAGCAUAGGGGUCAAAGGACACAAGAUAACAGAACAGCAUUUGAAGAUGAGAGUCAAAGAGUCAAAAUCAAGGAUGCAAAGCAAGCAUUAAAUGAGUCUAUUGACACAGAGGGGCACGACGGCAUAUUUGAGGAGCAAGAGGAUUUUCAGGAUCAAGAUUCUAUCUUCAAAUUCAGUCACUGUGAUGAGGGGAAUUUGAAGAUGUUUGGUGAAGAAUACUGCUUGGAUAGCUUCCAUAAGAACAUGAGUAUAUACGGAGAGGAGAAUUGGUGUAAUAUGGAGAUGGUUGUAAGGAGUUACCACAAGUUAACUGAGUGUCUGGAGAUUGUAUCUAAGUUUGUGAGUUGUUACUAUCCUAAUGUGGUGGUGGAGCAGUUAUUCGUGAGAAUUCACCAGCAUUACUUCCACCUUUGUAGCGAUGAAGAGGAUUUACCCGAUGCCCCGGCAGAAGUCGUGCUCGCAGCCACUCUACUGCCCAUCCUCCUAAUACCCUUCAUAGUGUAUAUUGUAGUGUGGAAGAGUAGUUUAAGGGACUGAGUGCUUUUUGCAUUAACCUCCAACACAUCCUGACUGUGUGUGCAGCUUAAAUAGGAAGUUAAGGCCAGCUCUGUGUGAAUAAAGUUCAGCUGCUUCACAGUGAUGUAAGAAUUGUGUUAUGAAUACACACACACACAUAGUGGCUGUGGGAUUUCCCACACACUAAUGACUUAACAUAGAACAAAAUAAUAGAACAGGUAUGAUUUCUGAUGAUCAUUUAAAUAUAUAUAUAUAUAUGUGAGGAUCUACUAUUAUUACUAUGUGAUAGUAAAACGUUUCCUGUACUGUACAUAUCCCGAUAGAUAUAUUUGUGUGACUAUCAGGCUGGAUUUUACAACUGCUUCAAAUGGGGCUUAGCCAUUCAUAAUCUAACAUCUGAUUUAUCUGCUUUAUAACAUUUCUAGCCGAUGCCAGACUUAUCAAUCAUUUGCUAUAAAUAUUCUUAUCGUUGGUUUGGUUCCAUCAAGGUCCAAAUAAAAAUAGACAUUAAACAAGUAAAAUUAAAUACUUUCAUUUGUAAAGUACAGUUAUUAAUAAAGUGUGAUUUAUAUAUAUAUAUAU